AUCACGUGAUAUCUCAAACUCAGCAGAGAGUCUCACGUCACUGAAACUGAAGCACAAUUAUCACCUAGUUUUAAAGCGACCUUUUCACCUGUCGUGUAAAUUAAGGGCAAGAAAGGAGGUGUUCAUGGGUUAACAUCUGACAUUGUAAAGAGCAUUAGUUUUGUGAAACUGCAAUUAUACACACAAUGGUGCGUACGGUUGUCACAGCAUUACUGUGUGUGUUUCUGAAUGAAUGCAGUGCUUUGAUGUGUCCUGAUGGAGGAAUGUGUGAAGAUGGAAACACAUGCUGCCAAAUGCCGUCAGGAGGGUACGGCUGUUGCCCACUUCCAAACGCAGAAUGCUGUUCGGAUCACUUGCAUUGCUGUUUUGAAGGCACUUUGUGUGACUUGGAACAUUCGAAGUGUGUGAACAAAACACAUGUUUUAGACUGGGUGGAAAGAGUUGCCAUAAAGCAGCAAGCUGUGGUUUGUCCGGAUCAAGUGUCUGAGUGUCCCGACGACACCACCUGCUGUCAGAUGCCUGAUGGGAGCUGGGGCUGCUGUCCUUUGAAAAAUGCUGUUUGUUGUGAAGACCGUCUCCACUGCUGCCCCCAUGAUACUGUGUGUAAUCUGGCUGCCAGUACUUGCGACAGUGCCAGCGAUCAUGGUCCCCGUUUUUCUGUGCCUUUGUUGAGGAAAAGCUCUGCAGCGAUCCUGCCAUCACAGAAUCAAAACUGCAAUGACGCAUCACUCUGCCCAACAUGGGCAACCUGUUGCAAACAAAACACAGGAGCAUGCUGCCCUCUGCCACAGGCUGUCUGCUGUGAUGAUCAGGAGCACUGCUGUCCACAGAACUACAAGUGCGACUUGACUCACAAAACAUGUGUUCGUCCUGGCUUUCCCAGCACACCCUGGAUGAAGAAGCAAACUCUGCUGAGCGUGACACAACAGCCUGAACUAAAUGCUGUAGCUCCAGUGAUGGCUGGUCCAGAGCAUAGGCACAUGUGUGACGAUCACACCAGCUGUCACAGAGAUGAUACCUGCUGCUAUAUGAACAAACUCGGCAAGUGGGGCUGCUGUCCCCUGCCAAAGGCGGUGUGCUGUGAGGACAGUGGCCACUGUUGUCCGAGUGGAUACAUGUGUACUGAGAAGAAAACAUCGUGCACUAGAGCCUCCCAUGAGAUCCCCUGGUACAGGAAACAGGAGGCAAGGAUCACUGAGAGGUCAGGGGUGUCGUCUGAUGUCAGAGAAGUGAAGUGUGAUUCUACGAAAAGUUGUGCGACUGGAUCUACCUGCUGUAAAUUACCCACAGGGGAGUGGGGAUGCUGCCCUCUUGUUGAGGCUGUGUGUUGUAACGAUCAUGAGCACUGCUGUCCGCAGGGCUACACCUGCAACCUUGAGUUUGGAACCUGCAUUAAACCCGCAGAUGUGCACACUAUCCCUCUAAUACAUAUACAAAGACACUCCAACAUGCAGUCAGAAGAGGUGGUGGUGUGUGACGCAUCAACACGCUGCUCUAUUGCACAGACCUGCUGUAGAAUAUCAGACUCCACAUGGGCCUGCUGUCCAUAUAAAGAGGCGGUAUGCUGCAAUGAUAUGAAGCACUGUUGCCCAAUGGGAUACAAAUGUGACCCAAAAGUGAAAGGUUGCACUAAAGAAUCCUCACUCACUUGGUGGGAGAAUUCUCUAUAAGUGAAAAAUUAAAGCUGAAAACACAAAAACAGUCAUGUCCAUCCACCAUUGACUGACACCGAACCACAUAUACAUACAUAAUGCAUACGUGCACAAACCCAGACAUGUUUCGGGAUAAGUGACUAUGCAUCUAGUUUUUGUAUAUUUUGUUUUUACUGAAAUAUAAAUGUAUAGAAACUUAUUUUAAAGCAUAAUUUCACAUAAUAAUACAAUAACACAAUACACUUUUUUUGUAUCUGAUUGAAACCAAUUCUGUUGAAAUGAAACUGACAACAAAAGUACAGCACAUUUUUAAUGUUUACAAUUCACUGUAAAGACUCCGCCCACCUUUAGUUCUGCAAGUUUACUAAAUUUGCUUGAGAAAUCCAGAGUACUGACUACAGAAUCAUUCAAAGCAGAAAUAGAAUUGAUUAUUUGAGGCUGACAUUCUCAAAAAUCGCCAAGAAACGUUGUUCAGAUUGUUGUUCGAAGUAGCUCAGUAGAAUGAAAUGUAAAUCAGGUAAAUGGUAUUUGAGGUUAAUCAUGCCGUUUUAGUAGGAUGUUGAUUUAAUAUAUUAGAAUAUAUUGCUGAAUGCCUUUUAAAUUACCAUGCCAUACUAAAUUCUGGCAAGACUUUAAAACCACAUAUCACAAUAAGAGAGAUAAUCGACUAAAAUUCAAAACUGAAUGUGUAACCAGUGAAUCAAACCUAACGCUGCAAGCCAAUGCUUUUUUUUUUAAGCUAAUAGGAAAUGUCAGAAACCAAGGUCAGAGCCUUGGUGGUUUUAAAAUCUGAUUGUGAAAAAGAUUUUGUUUAAAAAAAGACAACUACUGCAUUUUAGCCAUUACAAAAUUGGAAGUGGUUAACCAUUUCAGUUCUGUCAUUCUUGGUUAAAGCCUCUUGUUAAAUUUAUCAUUUUAAUUAAGUAAAAUUACCUGCUUUACCAUUUGCAAUUAGAGAAGUAAGAAGCGCGCAAAUGCAUUUUUAAAGAUUUAUCAAUAUCUAAAAAAAGUGUUUAAGUGUUUAAAAUUGCACGUGUCAUUCUCAAUAUGUACUACAACUGCUUGCUUUGCUUUUGUGUUUCUUUUUGUUUUGUUUUCUCAUUAUUUUGUUGUCUGAUUUGUAUCAAGUUUUUAAUUUACUGAAGGAUUAAGUACAUCUAAAUGUUGACUUGUGGAACAAUGAGGUCACAUUGAUAAUUAUACCAGCAAAACUUUUAAAUUAAAUA